GGCAAGCUCAAGCUCCCAACGCUGUUGAAGUCGACACUACUGCAGCCAAGCACGAGGUCGCAUGCCACUCACACCCUCCUACGGCCCUCCCUCUCUCGCUGUCCGAGAACACCAACAAACACGACCACGAAGCAAUACAGACCAACCCACCACCACCACCACCACCAAGAUGGCCCUCAUAUCCGCAAAGACAAUCAUCACCUCCCUCUCGCUCUUCCACGUCACCCUGGGCUUCUUCUUCCUCACCAACCCCAUGACCAUCGCCGACCAGGCCCUCGUCUACGUCCUGGGCGAGGCCAUGGGCAUGCCCUACGACCGCUCCUUCGAGGCCCACUCGCCCGCCCUCGCCUUCCUCGCCGUCGUCCUGGCCACCAUGGGCCUGACCGACCUGGUCUCGCUGAGCCUGCCCGAGGAGGUCGCCCUGUUUGAGCACUGGGGGACUCAGGCCCCCGUCCGCCUCCUCCUCUCCUUCAUCCUCAUCACCUACUCCUUCCUCUUCUCGCCCUCGAGCCCCAUCUUCGGCGACUCGUCCACCGCCCGCGCCCGCAUGACCCACCCCCCGCCGGGCUACGCCGCCAGCACCUGGGGCGGCGACGGGCUCAAGAACAGGGUCUUCUUCGCCUUCGCCUUCGUCGAGGUCGUCAGCUGGUUCUGGGUCUGGGUCACGCUGCGCGAGGAGCGGCAGGCCGGCCUCGCGGCCAGGAGGGGCGGGCCCGGGCCCAAGAGGAGGGCGAGCAGCGCGAGGGUGUGAUUUGCUUUGGACGUGUGUGCUCUCGGGGAGAUGGGUGGGGUAAAGGGGAGAUCCCCGGGGCCAAAAAACGGGUUGGGGGUUGCCUUGGCUCACUUUGGGAUAAGACAAGGAUGGAGAGGGUGGAAUGGAUAGUGUAUCUAUACGUUGGGGGCGCGUUGGGACAUACCGCAACGACACGAAUCACGACGACUGCAUUGCAAGGAGUUUGUUUAUUACAACUGGAAUUUGGACUCAGCAAGUUAGUUGAUAACGGGCACAAGGCACACCGGCAGACGGGGCUGGGCUUUCAUUCCUCUCUUGUUCAUGUGAAGGCGACAAUAUCACCCAGCCCGGCAGAGGGGAGGAUGGAUGGAUAUACCCAAAUACACCAACCGCAAAAAAUUCAAAUACCCGACUUUUUCUAUCUCCGAUAACUCCUCGUUCUAUGUAAAAGUACCUUCUUCCUCUUGCUCAAAACAUAACCACAUCCGCCAGAAAAAAACUC